CAUUCACAAGUUUUCUUUUUGUUGAGUUCUAAACUGUUUUGUAUAAAUUGAAAUAGUAAGUUAAUCAUUCUCUAAAAGUGUUUAAACACGAUGUGUAAUACUGACAAGGCAGCUGGGGUUUCAUUCGGAAACGUAGGUAUCUCUUAAAAACAGCAGAUCUGCUGUAAAUCAUUAACUUUACAACCUAUGUAGCUCAAUGAAUUUCAUCUUUCCCAGGUAAAUUUUACUCCAUCGGAACAAGAGGCAAUUCAGAACGCCUUAAAUCAAAAGCUUGGGCCAGAAUACAUCAGCCAAAGAGCAGGGGCAGGUGGACAGAAAGUAAAUAUUAAUUAAUCUGCUUUUAAUUGUGCUGUGUUGUAAAGAAACAAUCAAUCAAUCAAAGACUUAACUUCGAAUUAGCAAAAUUGCUAAUAAUCUCCGCAGCUACAGCUACAGUCCAUGCAUGUGUCUUUCAAACAACCUUCUAUCCGGUACAGCUACCUAUAAACUAAUAUGUUUAUUAUUUUCUACCGGUAUUAAGCUUGCUUAUGUGGAAGGAUGGAAACUCAUAAAUCUGGCAAAUGAAACAUUUGGCUUCAAUGGAUGGUCGCAUUCAGUAACCCAUCAAAAUAUAGGUGAGCAUUUAUAGAAAAAUGUUUUAGGUGAUGAUCAGCACAAUUAGUUGUUUGCAAUUCAUACUUUACACCCUUCACAUGAUACCUUAAACAAUUCAGUGGUUUCUUUUUUCUCCCAACCAAGACUUUGUUGAUCAGGUGGCAAACAAGUAUUAUGUUGGAGUGAGUGCUUUUGUAAAAGUUCAGUUAAAGGUAUGACUUAUUUCAAUGCAAAAAUCACUCUCUUUACUAAAAAACAUUGGGACGUGCUGCAAGAGCUCUCUAUAAGGUUCAAUUCUUGCUGUCCUGUUUAGCAAGAUCUACAGUAAGAGUUUGUCACACAGUCUGACAUUUUUUUCUUGAAACACAAGAUUUUGUACGGAGACAAGGAUAGAGAAAUUUGCAAAGUUUUGCAAAAUUAUUACUACAACACCUUGGAAUGCUGACAUUGAUUCCUUUUUUAUUUAUGUUUUUAAUAAUUGUUGUAGGAUGGAGUUUACCAUGAAGAUAUUGGUUAUGGAGUCUCAGAGGGAAUGAAAUCCAAAGCUUUAUCACUUGAAAAGGCAAGAAAAGAGGCAGUUACUGAUGGUCUAAAAAGAGCCCUAAAGUAAGUUUGCUUUAGGCUGUUAGAGAAAGCAAUGGUGGACUACCACGCUGAAGUUUAGUGAUUAGGGUUAGAAAACUGAGUGAAUCAGAUUCCAUUUAGAGUCACUAUACUGGGAAAACUGACCUGAAACUUGAUUCACUUAGUUUCCUAACCCUAAUAUUUAAACUUCAGUGGUGUACUCCAUUUUAGGGUAGUCCAUGGACUGGGGAUCAGUGUUUUCUCCACCAUGAGACAAAAUGCAAGAUUCACAUAUAGGUGGUCCCUCACACAAGGUUUCAGCUAUUAUAAUAGCAUUACUUUCACUGGGUACACUGUGGGUGGUCACUUUCAAGUCAGGUGGACAUGUAGAUAAAAUUCUGUCCUCACAUUAAAGAAGAAUUUCCUUUUCUCCCAUGAAUAAUAGAGACCUUUUAGAUUUGAGGAUGAGGGCAAUUAUGGGGACAAAAUUUAACUAAAAAAUGUUUCACUGUCGCAAAAAAUAUGCACCCUGGAAAGCUUUAUGAUUGUACUUUUUUUCAGUGUAGCUAAAUGUAAUUUAGGUAAACUUAACCUCAAAAUGUAAUUUAGGUAAACUUAACCUCAAAGCAAUGCUGAUCAGCAGUUUUUCCAGCUGUACUAGGGGUGGCCCAGUACCUUUAGCGGGGGUACCUCGUGACUUGUAUACGCAGUUGCUUGCUUACAGUUCUUUGCAAAGUGUUUUGCAAUAGCUUGCUGUUUGCAUGCCAUUCUGUGCUUUGGUUUUUCCCAUCCCUCCCUCCCACUUGAGGUAAGGGCCAGGGCCAGGUUGUUCAAAGCAGGGUUAAGAUAACCCAGGGUUAGUGCGAGAUUUGAAUUCAGAUAUGAAAGCUUAAAGAGCAAAUUCAGUUUUAUUCUUUUUGCCUACAAUUUGAUGAUUAGAUGCCCUAAUAAGAAUAGAGAAAAUUAUGCGGGAAAAUGCUUUUGAACAAAACAAAAACUUAGAAACCCAGUUAAAAUUCAACCCUGGGUUAGCACUAAUUGGUAUUUGAACAACUGGGCCCAGGUUGGUAUUGGUCAGUAAGUAUUCCACUGAAUUGUUCAGUGUGGUGGUGCCUGGUAGGGGCCGCUCACAGGGUUGCCAUGGAUACCUCCUCUUCAUGCUAGAGCAUUUCCCAGCUCCACCAACUUUGUAGGCACCAGUGCCCAAGCUCAUAUAUUGGUGAUGAGUUUAACAGAAAAAUUACUAUGGUUAUUUUUAUUGAAGGAGGUUAAGCCCUCUCAGGAUCGCAAAAUGAUAAAACUACUAACAUUUGACAACUUGUUUAUGCAACUAGAACACAAAAGACUAUCAUAUUUUCCUGCCAAAAUGACACUGGUUCAUGCAUGCACACUAUGUAGUAUCAAGAAAAUCUCGCCAUCCUAGUUGUCCUCAUCUUAGAAUAUAAAGGUCCUUAAUAAUCAAGGCUAGGAAGCAAAGGAAAUUCUGAGUCAAAUUACAUGUAGGUUGAAUACUACUUUAAUGUGAGGAAUUGAUUUUACCUACAGCCGAGACAUACUAAUAAAAAAGGUUUGAUUGUAAAUGAAAUCAUUGUGAUGUACUUUCACGAUAGAAGAAUACUCCAAGUUAUGAUAAAUUUUGUUUUUGCCUCGUAGGAGCUUUGGACAGUCACUUGGCAAUUGUAUAAGUGACAAAGAUUACUUAAAGUACAUUACAAAACAACACAAAUCAGUAAGUUUUUAAAACUCAAGCCUACUUUAUACACUAUGUAUCUUGUAUUUUUCUACCCUGUGAGCAGAGGCUACAUUUUCGCGGUAUGAGCUGGCGUGCGAAAAGUAGCUACCUUACCAGUAGGAAUGAUAAGUGUAGAAUCCCAACUGGAGAAUGAUGUAAAUCCUUCUUAUAGAAACUUAGACCAAAAAAAUGGAACCAUCAGCCAAAUGGCCAGUGGGAUAAACAGAUUUUAAUAGUAAAAUCCAACUAGUGGUCUACAAUCAAUGCUGCGUUCUGACUGGUUGAGCUACUACUAGGCUAUAUGUUAUAGCCCGCUAGUAGCAAAAAGCACCGGUUUUGAAAACCAAAACAAUGGAGCUGAAUUGUGUUUCGCUAGCUAAAGUUGUUUUUUCUCAAUAUUUUUGACCAGCUGGUUGGAUUUUACUAAAGCAAUUAUUCCUCUCGCCCUCAUGGCCUCUGAGUCAAUAGCCCAUUCGGCCUUCUGCCUCAUCGGCUAUUGACUCAUAGCACAUUCGGCUCAAGGAAUAAUUGUUAAAUAUCUUAUUGGCCUGGGCACAUUGCUAUAUAUUCUGAUUUUUAUAGGAAUCAAAAGGGUGGGACUAUCAAGGGAAAAUGAGAAGAAAACAGUCUUGUUAUCAACAAUAUAUUUUUCUUAAUUCUCUCACACUGUAGUUAAAUACUGAAUAUGAUUUAAACCACAUGAGGAGGCCUGGUCAAGGUCUGACAAGAAAAGUUACCGUCAACCACAUCCAACAAUCUGAGAAGACAAGUGAAACCACAGCAAGUAUAUAUUACGUCUGCUUCUUCAUAUGCUAUACUAUUACUGAACUACACACCACAAAAAAUGUGCUGUACUGUAUUAAAGUAGCUGACUAGUUUAAAAGAAGGACACUCAAGUUUGUGCUAAAAGCAUAGUGAUUAUAAUCAUCACCCUUUACAGUAAACUACAUGUCAUAUCAUUCAGACACAUCAUAUCCUUCAAACAUUAACUUCAACAAAAGCUCAUAAAUUAAAAGACACCGUUGAGACUUAAUAUUGGAAAGUUUUAUUUAUGUUGUCAGUUGUAUUCACUUGAAAUUUAUGUUUGGCUUACUAAAUCAGCCUUUUGUUAGCAGAUACUAUUCCAAAAAAAAAGAAAAUGAAAAAGAAAAACAACAACAACCUCAUGUUUCUUUUUCCUAGAGGAUUGUAACAGCAACACUGGGCAGGCUCAAGUCAUUUCUACUUCCAGAAUCUCUGGAAAAAAUUUUGAUGGACUCACCUCAGAAGCUACAAAAUGGGUUACUCCAAAAACUAAUGACUUCAAACCUGUGGCAAGAAAAGAAGUUAGAACUCCACUGGAAGAUCUUAAUUCACCAAAGACUGGGCCUCCCCAUCUUCCUCUAAGAAAACCUGUUGCAGCCGCUACCCCUGCAGUACCCCUUGCUAGGAAACAUUGUACCUCUUCAGUGACCACACCCAUAGACUGCAGGUCACUUGCAUCAAUGGGUGAUACUACACCACAACAGGACAAUUACAGCGUCAUUCCAGAAGGUGACAUAUCACAUUGUCAUAUUGUUUUACCAUGCAAAAAACUUAAGUGGAGCCACCAACACUUUGAAAUUCAAACAGGUGUUGCUUUUUUUGAUUUGCUAAUCAAUAAAUUGUUCAAGUCUGCACCCUGCGAAGUUACGAUUUAUUUUUUCUUUUUGUUAAAGUUCAACCCCCGAGUGUUACAUAUCUUUCUAUAGCUGAAGAAAAGAAUAAGAACAAAAUAUUUGUCUCAAUAGAUGAUCCAAUGCUAUGGAAUCAGUCAUUCGGAUUUGAAGAGGCUCUCAUAUGUUGCAGUGAUGAAUUCUUAAUGAGACCAGAGGAUAGUAACCUGGAACACCAACCUCUUGAGGAGAAUGAUGUAAAACUGACUGGGUAUGUGUAAUCAUAAUAAUUUUAUUAUAUAAACACCAAUGAAUUACCAGAUGAGCUUUCGUGCGAAAACUUGAUAUCUUCAGAUGUGAAAAUAACGUGUUAUCUUCACAUGUGAAAAUAUUACCGUUGCUAUGGCUUCAUAAUAAAUUGCGCCUUUCACACCAAAAAACUAUUAAAGUGAAGUGGUUUUGCAUUUCAUUGGUGUUUAUAUAAUAAAUAGAACAUUACAUGGCCGCUUGGAGAUACGUGAUUUCUCUUCUUGUGUUGAAAACAUAUUUCACUCGUUUGCUGCGUUCACUCGUGAAAUAUUUUUCAACACUCGAAGAGAAAUUUCAUAUCUCCGCGCGGCCAUGUAAUACCCUCUAUUUAUUAAAAUACUUUUGUUCUACUUUACGAAAAUGUCUGGGGUACUUUGAACAGUUUACCUAACUCAUUUUGUCGCGCAUAGUAACAAUUUUGUCUCUUUGAAAGGUUUUCAUGUUCAUGAAGAAUCCAUUCUUCAAUUUCUUUUCUGGAGUAGAAAGGUUCACCCAUUAACUGAGUCACGUGGGCGUGAUCCAUUCAACCAAAAUUUCCGACCGGUCCGACCGGGAAAAGUGGUCCACCUCAAAAGGUGGACUUAAGUUUUUUCGAAACUUUUCGGGUUGGGCUGAACCGAUCCAUUGAGUUUUGGACCGAAAUUUCCGGAAAUCUUGGUUGAAUGGAUGGCGCCCACAGUGACAUUCCCUGGAAUAAUAAGUUCGCUUUUCAAUUUUAUCAUUUGACGUUAAUCCUUUCCUGGACCACACACCUUUUGGCUUUCCCCUCUUCUUUUGAGUAUAAAAACCACGUUUUCAGAUUUCAGUGAGCUCUGUGACUAGCUGGUUUAUAGUUGAAAUUUUCAAACAUCAAUUGAAAUAUCUCCCCUUUAAAAUGGGCUGUUGGUCGAUGAGCAUUGUAGAUAUUUCCCACUGUUAAUACAGUUUUAACUAUUUCUUAUUCUAGCAUCGAUAACAGAAGCAGUCAUCGUGUAUCGGCCCCAAUUAACUCCACACAUUCAAGUAACAACACCAGCAACUACAGAACCAUUAAUAAGCAGUCCUCCUUCUCCAAGCCUUUUCAUCCUGUUUCAAACAAAACCGCCAACUCUGCCCUCACAAAUCAGCCAGGUAAGCCAGAUUUCAGUUCGGUCCCAGGAUCUCAAAUGAGAGAGAAUAUGAAACAAAGGCAAUGUGUUGCGUAAAGUAGACCUGGGUUAGAAAGACUCUUUCUAUUAUCCGAUCCAUAGUUUUGCAACAAACGCUUGCCUCGCCACUUGCCACGCGUUAUAACGCUUGUGAUUGGUCAAUUUCCCGCUCAAAAAGCAUGGGAAAAACGGUGAGCACGCUCGUCCAACUUUCUUUUCGUGCUAGGAACGGGUGCUUGGUAAAGGGAACGACUUGUUUCUGAGAAAUAGCCACAAAAGGCGGAGCAAGUACUCAAAAGGAUUACCGGUAAAGAGAUCCUUGGCCAGAUACCGUUAAGUAGCAGGAUUACCCAUUUUUCAUUUUCUCAUUCCCGUUCCUUGUUUUAAUUACAUUCCAUCCUUUUUUUUCAGUUGUUCACUUGUGGACAAACUUUAAAACCUGUGAAAACCCUUAGUUUUGUAUAAACAGGGUUGGCACAGUCUUGAAAAGUGAUAAGUCCUUGAAUUUUAGGGGGAGUUUGUGAAAAGUCCUUGAAUUCCAUUUUUCCUUGAAAACUAAAAGUCCUUAAAUUUCUGUGCUAGUCCUUGAAAAGUUCUUGACGUUUCUUUAACUUUGAAUGUAGUGGAAUGGAAAAUGUUUUUUGGUUGCGAGGAAAAUCACCAAUGAGUCAAUGAGGUCCUUCAAAAGUCCUCAAAAAAAUGAUUGCAAUUUUUCUUAUGAACCCUGAUGCAGAGUUAUAAACGGACUAAUGCGAGAGGAAUAAUUGUUAAUUAUAAAGCCUCAGGUCAUUUAUAUAGCCUUAAUUAUUAGGCUGACUGUAAGUAUCACAGAAGUUUUUGAUGGGACAGAGACGAAACUGCUAGGCUGUUCACAGUCCCCUAUGUUUCCGUAAGAUCGUCGAGAAGUCUUAGUAUUACGGGCGGCCAUCUUGAAUGAGUGUCAAACGCCCCCUCGGUACAUAUGAAACCAAGAUGGCUGCCCUUAAAGGUAAGUGCUCGAUGCUGACGAUCUUACGAAAAAAUAGGGGCUGUGAACAGACUACGAAACUGCAGUUUAUGUGAAAGUUUUAAGGUACAUUUAGUAUUUAAAAAUCAGCUAGAGUAAGGACAGUUUUGCUGUGAAAUAUUGCAAAGCACACAGUCUAAAAGCUGCUUUUCGCAAUGCAAUGUCUGAUUUCUUCUCCCUUUCUUUUCACAGAAAACGCAAAACGAAGAAAAGUGGAGCAAAUCGCUCCCAGGUGA